AUGGCGGACGACGAGCCAGCCCCAAUGACCAUCAAGGAGCGUAUGGCCGCGCUGAAGCUGAGUCAAGUUGGCCAACCACAGCCUAGAACGACGCCACAAAGUCAUCGCACGGCAAGUGGGACAGUGCCCCCACCAGCGCAAAGGCGACAACCACCACCACCGCCGCCUGCCAGGCCACAUUUACCUGCGAGACCUGAUCGACCUCAAAGCGCAAAUGUGCCUCUCACUCAGGCUCAUGCACCAUCUGCGAAUCGCUCGAUGGGGAAUUUACCUGAUGCAGGAGCAACGAAUGGCCAUAUCGUGAAUGGCAGUAAUGGAGCUGCACGACCUCCUCUACCCGCGAGGACUACAACGCAAUCGUCACAGUUGUCCGCCGGACCUGCUUUGCCACCCAGGAGACCGUCGGGAAAUCCAUCGCCAGCUCUGCCACCACGACGACCCUCGGAGGCGCCCUCAGAUUUCGACCGAAGCCGGAGAGGAUCGAAUGAAUCCAUGAGUUCUAUUGCGACGACAAGGUCAUCUGUCUCGGGAGUAUCGAACGCCACCUCGCUCACAUCACAAGGCGAGCGCUACAAAACUCGGGCGCCAGACUUUGACGCUUCCAAGCUUCCUCCUCUACCCCCGAAACGAACAAAGGAAGAGCGAGAAGCUGCUGAUCGGAAGUAUGCUGGUAUGAGACCUCUCAGACAGACAAAGUCAACGCCGAAGGUAGAGCAAGUUGGGAAGAAUGGGACGACUCCACCACCUCUAGUGAGGCAGCCUGUAAUUCAGCCUGCAGUCGUGCCUAGGUUCGAUAGUAGAGAUGAGCCACGUGAAGAACGACUUGCGAUUGAGCCGGCGCCGAGGCAACGUGCUGAACCUCUGCCACCGCCGCCACCCCGUGCAGAACCUGCCAUGCCACCCAGACCUAAGCGUUCUGCUCUGGAUUGGGGUAUGAACAAAGGUGCCACGGCACCAACACCUGUACCUGGAGUCCGGCCAGACUCUUCUCAGGGUUACGGCGCUCCUCCACCGAUUCCCGCUUCUUCGAAACCAGAUCUCAAGGCAUUACAGGCUUCGAAACCCAAGCCAAAUGGCAUUCCAGCACCGUCCAACGCACCGAGCUCCACAUCAGGACCAAUCGACAUUACCUCGGCAUCGCAAUUUGAUCAAUGUCUAGCAUCAUCUCGUGCAGUCGUGGCCGACUUCUGGGCACCAUGGUGCGGACCUUGUCGAGCCUUUGCACCAGCCUACACUGAGAUGACCCGCGAGUUGUCACGACCAGGUCAGGUCAUGUUCAUCAAGAUAAACACAGAUGAAAACAAAGAUCUAUUGCAAAAGUACGAGAUCCAGGCUUGGCCAACGCUCAUCGUAUUCGACCAGCAAAGAGAGGUGGAGAGGAUCACCGGAGGGAAUGAAUGGCCGAUUCGAAACAAGCUCGAUGAGAUUGCACAUUCCGCGCCAGCAUCAGCUCCUGCCGCUGCUGUGAGCGCACCUAGCGCAUACACGGCAUCGAACUCUUGCUUGCACUGUCGAGACUUUUCUGGUCCAGACAAUCAUGCGGCGAGAUUUCCACGGCAGUCUAUUCCGUCAACAGACAUAGGAUGGCUUGCGCAUCAGCUCACGUCUCCGUUCCCGUCACUCACAGAUAAGGCAAGAGCCAUCUUCACCUGGCUGCAUCACAACGUUGCCUACGAUACCGUGGCUUUCUUUGGUAACAAUGUGAAGCCUAGUACGCCACAAGGAACGCUGCAGUCCGGUCUUGCAGUGUGUGAAGGCUAUGCUGGUCUGUUCGCGGCCCUGGCGCUGAAGGUUGGUCUUGAAGCUGUCGUGGUAAGUGGCCAUGGCAAAGGAUUCGGACACACUGAAUUGAAGCCGGGUGAUCCUCUUCCACGAUACAAUGCUGGGCAUGCCUGGAACGCCGUGAAGAUCGAUAAUGGAGAGUGGAAGCUUAUUGACUGCUGCUGGGGCGCUGGCCAUUUGGGCGCAAACCAGGCAUAUAACAAGAGUUUCUCCCCCGAUAAGUUCACGCAGACCAACAACGACUUUGGCCUGGACCACUUCCCUGGUGACGAUAGCAAGCAAUUUCGCACGGAUGGCCGGAUCGUCACAUGGGAAAAGUAUAUCACGGGCAAUAAAAGUGGAUGUGGAGCAGACUUCUUCUCCGGCUUCGUUGCAGAAGAAGGCCUCGCGAAGACAACUUUCCAGCCAGUCGAGAAGAAGAUUGUUCUCGCGCAGCAGGGCCCAACGGUCCGCUUUGCUUUCCAGAAAGUGUGCCCGCAUUGGGAUCCGAUCCGUUGUGGCAAAGGGCCGUACUAUAUCUAUGUAUUGUGCCUGGAGAACCUUAAGGAUGCUGGCCUGGAUCGCAAUUACAUACCGUUCGAGACGAACGGAGACGUCUGGUGGUGCGAUGUGCCACUGCGAGAGCUUGGGAAUCGUCCUGGGCUGAAGUGCGAGAUCUUUAUUAUUACCAAGUGGAACAAUCGCGACGGCCGAGGGGUUACUGUUGAUGAAUACAAGCGGAGCAGAGGCAGGGUUGCCUUGGCAUUUGGCGGUGUUUGUAAGUGGGAGACUGCCUGA